GUGGAAUGAUAUGUGGUUCGUAUGUACCACGUUUUUUUUCCCAUUUGCCCACUGAUGGACACUUGGGUAGCUUCCACCUUUUGGCUGUUGUGAAUAAUGCUGCUAUGAAUAUGGCUGUGCACAUAGUUCUUUGAGACCCUGCGUUCAGUUCUUCUGGCUGUAGCUCUUCAUGGAGGAACACGGAGUGACCCAAACUGAACACAUGGCUACCAUCGAAGCCCAUGCCGUGGCCCAGCAAGUCCAGCAGGUCCAUGUAGCCACGUACACUGAGCACAGUAUGCUGAGUGCUGAUGAAGACUCCCCUUCCUCCCCUGAGGAUACCUCCUAUGAUGACUCGGACAUUCUCAACUCCACGGCAGCGGAUGAGGUAACUGCCCAUCUGGCUGCUGCAGUGCUGGGGAUCAAACCCAGGGCCUCGCAUAUACUAGGUCCAGUGGGAAUGGCUGCUGCUGCUGCUGUGGCAACGGGGAAGAAACGGAAACGUCCUCACGUGUUUGAGUCUAAUCCGUCUAUCCGGAAGAGACAGCAGACACGUUUGCUUCGGAAACUCCGAGCCACAUUAGAUGAAUAUACUACUCGAGUAGGACAGCAAGCUAUCGUUCUCUGUAUUUCACCCUCCAAACCCAACCCUGUCUUUAAGGUGUUUGGAGCAGCACCUUUGGAGAACGUGGUGCGAAAGUACAAGAGCAUGAUCCUGGAAGACCUGGAGUCUGCUCUGGCAGAGCACGCCCCUGCGCCACAGGAGGUUAAUUCCGAACUGCCGCCUCUCACUAUCGAUGGGAUUCCCGUCUCUGUGGACAAAAUGACCCAGGCUCAGCUUCGGGCGUUUAUCCCAGAGAUGCUCAAGUAUUCCACAGGUCGGGGAAAACCAGGCUGGGGGAAAGAAAGCUGCAAACCUAUCUGGUGGCCAGAAGACAUCCCAUGGGCCAAUGUCCGUAGUGAUGUCCGCACAGAAGAGCAAAAGCAGAGAGUUUCAUGGACCCAGGCAUUACGGACCAUAGUUAAAAAUUGUUAUAAGCAACAUGGGAGGGAAGAUCUUUUAUAUGCUUUUGAAGAUCAGCAAACACAAACACAGGCCACCACCACACACAGUAUAGCCCAUCUUGUACCAUCACAGACCGUAGUACAGACCUUCAGCAAUCCUGAUGGCACCGUGUCGCUCAUCCAGGUUGGUACAGGGGCAACAGUAGCUACAUUGGCCGAUGCUUCAGAACUGCCAACCACGGUCACUGUUGCCCAAGUGAAUUAUUCUGCUGUGGCUGAUGGAGAGGUGGAACAAAACUGGGCCACAUUACAGGGAGGUGAAAUGACCAUCCAGACGACACAAGCAUCAGAGGCCACUCAGGCAGUGGCAUCGCUGGCAGAAGCCGCAGUGGCAGCUUCUCAGGAGAUGCAGCAGGGAGCUACUGUCACCAUGGCACUCAACAGUGAAGCUGCCGCCCAUGCUGUUGCCACACUGGCUGAAGCCACCUUACAAGGCGGGGGACAGAUAGUCUUGUCUGGGGAAACCGCAGCAGCCGUCGGAGCACUCACUGGAGUCCAAGAUGCUAAUGGCCUGGUCCAGAUCCCUGUGAGUAUGUACCAGACUGUGGUGACCAGUCUCGCUCAAGGCAACGGGCCAGUGCAGGUGGCCAUGGCCCCAGUAACCACCAGGAUAUCGGACAGCGCAGUCACCAUGGACGGCCAGGCUGUGGAGGUGGUGACAUUGGAACAGUGACACGCAGCCCUAUCAUGGCAUCGUUUUCUAGUCUACUUCAGAUUUUUUACCUGUUUGCAGAGGUGCAAUCAAAUGGAAUUAAGUCUCUCGGCUUGGGAAGAAGAGUUUUGGUAACCUUUUUUUAAAAAGGAAGAAAGGCAGCAGAUUUUGGAAUCACCUUUUUCUAAAGCACCACUUCUGGGAUUUGGUGGAGCAAGAAUCAACACCGAUUUCACUGUCCCAAAAAAGCCAAAUUGUGGCCGGACUUCUUUGUGGGGAAAUGUGUGUAUACUUAUGUGUAUGUAUGUGUGAGUGUGAAUAUAUGUAUAUGUGUACAUAUGGACAUACACAUUUACAUAUGUGUAUAAAGUAUAUAUGUACAUACAUAUGUAUGUAUGUAUGAAACCCGCAUGGAAUUAUCUGUAUGAAAUCAAGGUGAACUGUGGGAAAAAGAUAACCCACCCAGUUCAGUGGGUGGUAGGUACAUGGCCAGACACAGUCACCUGGUUUUCAUUCAUACCAGGGUCAUGCAUUGAGCUACUGACAAACUCAGGCAGAGGUGACCACGCCCUCCACCAAAGCUGCCUCCCAGUGGCGCCUAGAACUCUGCUAGAUUCACCAGAGGGAAGGAAGAUCCAGGACACGGUGCGGUCCAAAAAGUGCUUACGGAGUCCAGUCACCACGUGCUUUGCCAGCAGAGACUUCAGGCUGCCCCAGGUGCUGACCUUCCUCAGGCACACAAAUGCCCUACAGGCUCCUGGCAGGGGCAACAAAUCUUUCCUCUGGUUCCCAUCUCCUCCCUUCCUGGGAAUCCUCAGUCUUAUGACUAUUGAAGAGUUGCUUUGGUUUCGAGGGCAGUCCAGAACCAAUUCUUCUGUGAAACUGAAGGGAACAGGAGUGUUAAGGGCCUGAGGAAGUGCUUAGGGAGCAGGCGGGUGUAAGUGCAGGGGUGUGUGUGUGUGUGUGUGUGUGUGUGUGUGUGUGUGUGUCAUAGGGAGAGAAUGGGAAGAGUGGGAGAGCAAGAAGGGAAGGAGGGAGAAAACUUCAUAACCAGGGUGCGACCAUGGGAGCCAUGCUCUCGAGCAUCUGGCUGUCUCUUCACAGAAGAGACAGCCAUAUGAAAAGCCUCUGCCUGUGGGCUAGCCAUCGGAGAUGUGUCUAGAGAGAAGGGCCACAUUCCUGGUGUGGCCCUGCUCUAGGAGGACUCUACAAGGACCAUUUUCCCAGCACAUCCUGGCAGCCCAGGCCUGGAACAGCUUCCCUGCUCACAGUGUGGAGUGGAUGGAUCGGUCUUUGUCACUGUGAACUGUGCUUUUCCAGCCACAGCCCUGAGUCUCCAGUGGCUAAUUCACCUGACUUCUUGACAAGCCAAAUCUCCACUCCUUGCAGACAGGGACAGCUCCUCGCCCUCCUCCCAGGCCCUCCCUCAAGUGUGAUAGUGUAUUUAAUGUGGUGUUUUGGGGUUUUGUUUUUUAAUGAGACAUUAAAAGAUUCUUCAUGUCUUGCUCA